AUGUCUGGCCAACUUGCGUCCUACAAGCUGGAGUUCCUCAAGGCAGCCAUCGACGGCGGCGUCCUCAAGUUCGGAAGCUUCGAGCUCAAGUCCAAGAGAAUAUCACCUUACUUCUUUAAUGCUGGCGAAUUCCACACUGCUCGUCUCGCCGGUGCUAUUUCGUCCGCCUUUGCCAAAACUAUUAUUGACGCUCAGCAAAAUGCCGGCUUAGACUUUGACAUUGUCUUUGGCCCCGCAUACAAGGGGAUUCCCCUCUGCUCUGCCAUUACCAUUAAGCUUGGUGAGCUUUCCUCCAAAAACUUGGACACGGUCUCCUACUCCUUCGACAGAAAAGAAGCCAAGGACCAUGGCGAAGGCGGCAACAUUGUCGGCGCCCCUCUCAAGGGCAAGAAAAUUCUCAUUGUUGAUGAUGUCAUUACUGCUGGUACUGCAAAGAGAGAAGCCAUCGAUAAGAUUAGAAAGGAGGGUGGUAUUGUCGCAGGCAUCGUUGUUGCCCUCGACCGCAAGGAGAAGCUGCCUGCCGCAGAUGGCGACGACUCCAAGCCUGGACCUAGCGCUAUUGGCGAGCUGAGAAAGGAGUAUGGUAUUCCGAUAUUUGCUAUACUCACUUUGGAUGAUAUUAUCGCGGGUAUGAGAAGCUUUGCUUCUGAAGACGACAUCAAGCGGACCGAGGAGUACCGCCAGAAGUAUAAGGCUACCGAUUAG